CUCCCAAUCUCCAUCUUGGUUGUUGUUAGUACAAGAAAAAAAAAAGAAGCUCUUGAAAGCGAAAAAAAAUGGCAGAGUCACUUUCUUCAUCAUGGCUCAUGCUUCUUGUAGUCUUUUGCAUGAGCAUGAGCUUGCAUGCAAGUGAGCCUCCAUUGAAAUUGGAUUACUAUGCAUCUACAUGCCCAACUGCGCUUGAGAUUGUGAGGAGAGAGAUGGAAUGUGCAGUCAUGUCUGAUCCUCGUAAUGCCGCCUUGAUACUUCGACUCCAUUUCCAUGACUGCUUUGUUCAGGGGUGCGAUGGAUCGGUAUUGCUAGAUGACACAUACAGUUUACAAGGAGAAAAGAAAGCUUCCAUUAAUAAACAUGCCCUCAAAGGUUUCAGAAUCAUUGACAAAAUCAAGAACAAGCUCGAGUCCGAGUGCCCUGGUAUUGUCUCCUGUGCUGACAUCCUCACUGUUGCUGCAAGAGACGCAGUUAUUCUGGUUGGUGGACCUGAUUGGGAAGUUCCACUGGGAAGAAAGGAUUCAAAAACUGCAGGAUAUGAACUGGCAAAUGUAAACUUACCUUCUUCAGAAGAGGGGAUUCUCUCUAUCAUUUCCAAGUUUCUUUACCAAGGUCUCUCUGUCACUGAUAUGGUUGCUCUUUCUGGGGCUCAUACGAUUGGCAAGGGGCGCUGCGUGAACUUCCGAUCAAGAAUUUAUGGAGAUUUUGAAGUAACUUCAGGGGUGAAUCCAACUUCUGAGGCAUACCUAAGCAAAUUGAGAUCUAUUUGCCCAGCAGCAGGGGGAGGAGACAAUAAUGAAACUGCUAUGGACUAUGUUACCCCAAACUUUUUUGACAAUUCCUUCUACCAAAUACUAUUGAAUGGGAAGGGAUUGCUAAACUCUGAUCAAGAACUGUAUUCAAGUGUAUUUGGGGUUGAAACAAAGAAGCUUGUGGUCAUGUAUGCCGAGAAUCCAAUGGCAUUCUUCGAGCAAUUCUCAAAGUCCAUGGUGAAAUUGGGAAAUAUUAUAAAUCCUGACACCUUUGUUAAAGGGGGAGGGGAAGUUAGGAAGAAUUGCAGGUUUGUGAACACAUGAUCUGGAAUUUUUGUUGUUUUUGCAAUUUGUUUGUCAUGUCUCUACAAGUGAGAGUCGCAAAUUUUAUGUAAUAAAGAUACUGAAAAAAAAUUUGAAGUUUCUCUUUUGAUUGAUUUUGGA